CCUGGACCUAGUGCUGCCACCCAAAGCUGGACAGACAUCAGCUUCCUGACACAGCCUUGGGAGUCAAGGAUCUGAUUCUGGGAAGAGUGGGAAACAGCAGCCACCGGAGGUACCAGGAGGUGUGGCUACCAGGAGCUUGGCCAGGAUUCUCAGAAAAAUGAAGCCCUCCAUCUCAUGGGGGAUCCUGCUGCUGGCAGGCCUGUGCUGCCUGGUCCCCAGCUUCCUGGCUGAGGAUGCCCAGGAGACAGAUGCCUCCAAGCAGGAUCAGGAGCACCAAGCCUGCUGUAAGAUCGCUCCAAAUUUGGCAGACUUUUCCUUCAACCUAUACCGGGAGCUGGUCCAUCAGUCCAAUACGACCAACAUCUUCUUCUCUCCUGUGAGCAUUGCCACAGCCUUUGCUAUGCUCUCUCUGGGCACCAAGGGUGUCACUCACACCCAGAUUCUAGAGGGCCUGGGGUUCAACCUCACAGAAAUAGCCGAGGCUGAGGUCCACAAAGGCUUCCAUAACCUCCUCCAGACCUUCAACAGGCCAGACAAUGAGCUUCAGCUGACCACAGGCAAUGGCCUGUUCAUCCACAACAAUCUAAAGCUGGUGGAUAAGUUCCUGGAAGAGGUCAAGAACAGUUACCACUCGGAAGCCUUCUCUGUCAACUUCACAGACUCAGAAGAGGCCAAGAAAGUGAUCAACGGUUUUGUGGAGAAGGGAACCCAAGGAAAGAUAGUUGAUUUAGUGAAGGACCUUGACAAAGACACAGUUCUUGCCCUGGUGAAUUACAUUUUCUUUAAAGGCAAGUGGAAGAAGCCCUUCGAUGCAGACAACACUGAGGAAGCUGACUUCCACGUGGACAAGACCACCACGGUGAAGGUGCCCAUGAUGAGCCGCCUGGGCAUGUUUGACGUGCAUCAUUGUAGCACUCUGUCCAGCUGGGUGCUGCUGAUGGAUUACCUGGGCAACGCCACUGCCAUCUUCAUCCUACCUGAUGAUGGCAAGAUGCAGCAUCUGGAGCAAACUCUCAACAAGGAAAUCAUUGGCAAGUUCCUGAAGGACAGACACACAAGGUCAGCCAAUGUACACUUCCCCAAACUGUCCAUCUCUGGAACCUAUAACUUGAAGACAGCCCUGGAUCCGCUGGGCAUCACCCAGGUCUUCAGCAAUGGGGCCGACCUUUCUGGGAUCACAGAGGAUGUUCCCCUGAAGCUUGGCAAGGCUGUGCAUAAGGCUGUGCUGACCAUCGAUGAGAGAGGGACGGAAGCUGCAGGGGCCACAUUUAUGGAAAUCAUCCCCAUGUCUGUGCCCCCUGAGGUGAACUUUAACAGCCCUUUCAUUGCCAUAAUAUAUGAUAGACAGACAAAGAGCCCCCUCUUUGUGGGAAAAGUGGUGGAUCCCACACGUUAAUCACAAUUCUCAGUCAGAUGUCAUCUUUUCUGGAUUGGGUCCCCUCCCCAGUGACAUUAAACACAGGCUGUCCUGGCCCACCCAUGCCUGAGUGCUUCUGCAAAUGCUCAA